CCAUCAUUUAUUGGGAAUCAAUCGAAACUUAGAGAACUCCACCUUGGUGCUAAUGGCAUGAUCGGUCAAAUACCAUCUUCGAUCAUGAAUCUGACACAGCUUACGGUCCUGGAUCUUUAUCGUAAUAAGUUUACCGGUCACCUUCCUUCUUUAGAAAGCCUUCAUGACCUCACAUAUUUGUCUCUCUCCGAAAGUAAUUUCGAUAGAUGGAAGUUGCCAGAUUGGUUUGGAAAGCUGAAUAAGAUUGCUCUUUUGGAUCUUCUUGGUGUCAACCUGUAUGGUGAGAUUCCAACAUCUUUUUUUAAUAUGAGCCAACUUAGGAUGUUAGACCUUUCCAACAAUCAGUUGACAGGCCAAGUUCCAAGCUCAUUGAUAAAUCUCCAAGAUCUCGACACAUUAUUUUUGAAUGAUAACAAUAUUGGUGGCACUUUGGAGGUUGAUACUUUCCUUUCUCUCAAGAAACUCAAAUAUCUCUACAUAGGUUGGAACAAAAUCACACUUUCCGUCAUCAAUAACCUCACGAAUCACAAGACUCUGCCACAGUUCUUAGUCUUGCGGUUGGAAUCCUGUAACUUGAAAGUCUUUCCUGACUUUAUACGGUUUCAACAUCAGUUGAAUCAUUUGUAUCUUGAUAACAAUAAAAUCGAUGGCCUAGUACCGGGGUGGAUGUGGAACAUUAGCAAGGAAACACUGAGUGAACUUUCGCUCACACAAAAUCUUCUAAAGGGUUUUGAGCAGCAUUCACCGGUUUCUCCUUGGGUUAGUCUACAGAUAUUGGAUCUAAGUCAUAACAUGCUACAUGGAUCGAUCCCAUUGCCACCUCCAGGCACUAGGAACUUUUUUGUCUCGAACAAUCAGUUUACCGGAGAAAUUGCACCAUCCUUAUGCAAUGUUCAAUCUCUUCAGCUACUUGAUUUAUCAUUUAACAACAUUACCGGCUCCAUUCCUCCAUGCUUAGGAAAAUUGAGCAACUCGUUGUCGGUGUUAAAUCUUAGAAACAACAAUUUACAGGGAACCAUUCCCAACACAUUUACCAAUGAAUGCAAGCUUCAGAUGAUUAGUUUAAGUAAAAACAAGUUGAAGGGUGGUGUACCUAGAUCGCUGGAAAGUUGUGACUCACUCGAGCUCCUAGAUCUUGGAAAUAACUAUUUGGAGGACGUAUUUCCGUUUUGGCUGGGUGCAAUUUCAGGGCUGCAGGUUCUCGUUCUUAGGUCCAACAAGUUCCAUGGUGUUGUAAGGGCUUCAAGCAAGACCGGCUAUAGCUUCACAAAGUUACGGAUCAUUGAUCUAUCAUACAAUUCGUUUUCUGGCAAUUUGCCACAACAAUACUUCCAAGAAUGGUCAGCAAUGAAAGAGACACAAGCAACUGCAGGUUAUAUGGAAACAGAAAUUUCUACUGUUGAGGUGUCAAACAACGAGCAGGUCGUUUAUACCUGGGGUGGGAAUUAUUCAUACUCAAUGAUUAUGAUUAACAAGGGUGUAAGUUUGGAGUAUGAGAAGAUACCAAUCUUUGUAGCAAUUGAUCUCUCGAGUAACAAGUUUGAAGGGAACAUCUCAGAGUCCAUCAAAGACCUUAUCGGUUUGCGAUUUCUUAACCUUUCAAAUAAUCAACUUUCUGGAGCCAUCCCACCGUUCAUUGGAAAGCUGACAAAUCUUGAGUCGUUGGAUUUAUCUAUCAACAAGCUAUCUGGAAUGAUACCUCAAGAGUUGGUACAACUGAAUUUCCUUCAGGUCUUUGAUGUCUCUUACAACAACCUCAGUGGACGUAUACCGCAAGGUCCACAGUUCAAUACCUUUGAAAGCAAUUCGUAUGUUGGGAAUUUAGCAUUAUGUGGAUACCCUUUAUCCAGGAAAUGUGUAACGUUAGAAGUAUCGGAUCCUUCAACAGUUCCAGUUGAUGAAGGUACCGAGCCUGACUUCCCAAGCGGAGUUGAUUGGGUUGUCAUACUUGUUGGGGUUGGAACUGGCCUAGUGAUCGGGCUGGUUUUUGGUAACCAUCUAACAGUACGAGGUUACAAGUGGUUCCUUGCGAGGUUACAAGUGUAGAGUAUAAAUGUUUGGAGUUAGCAAUUGAGCUCCAAGAAAGAAAAGAGUUGAUAGCGGAGUUGUUAAAACCGGCCAAAAUGACCGAGGGAUACCAAGUCCAUUUUGCACUUUGGACACACACCCUUUGUUAUCCAUCGCAAAUAGUGGAAGCUUUUAUUAUUUA